AUGGCUGAGUACGAAGCUCCUGAACAAAAACGAGAUUUUCGAGUCGGAGGAAAUGGCGGUGGAGUAAAGGACCUCUUGAAAGGUUUCAAAAAAUGGGGCGAUGAGCAAGAAGCAAUUUCCAAGCGCAACCCGUUCAACCGCGACUACGACCCCUCCCUCGUCCACAUCAAAAAAGGAGAAGCAGGUUAUGGCGAGCCAGUAGGCUUGACAAAGCAGCGCGGCGAAAAAGCAAAAAAUCAUGUCUACAAAGAAAUUAUCUGCUUGCUCGGACACGUCAAAUCCCUUUGCUCUGACAGCCCAGACGGUCUUUACUGUACAUUUAAGCAAAUAUUCGAUAGAUAUGUGAAAAUAUCAGACAAAGUCGUGGGCAUUCUUCUCAGAGCUAGAAAAUAUGGCUUUUUGGACUUUGAAGGGGAAAUGCUCUGGCAAAGACAGGAUGAUGAUGUGAGAAUAUAUUUACUGACUGAUAUUGAUUCUGCGAGGAAUAAACUUGGACUCAAAGAUUACUAA